AGAAUAAGGUAUAGGGGAGGGAGUGGUGAUAAGAUGGAAGAAGUCAACAGAUCUGUGUGUCUAUAAAAUAAAAAAGGAAGAAUGAAAUGAAUUGAACAGGCUGUCCAAUAUCCACGCUCCCCUCCUCUUGUCCUCCAUUCAUCUCUUCUCAUAUUCCAAAUCAGAUCCCGAUCGAAUCACUGAAUCAUCAAUCAAUCACGAUAUGAAUAUAGACGAUCAAUUACCGCCGCGGCGGAAGGGCCAAUUCAUGAAGCGCGUGGAGACUUCGGUAUCCAGGCCUAGGGCAUACAUCAUCCUCCUCAUCCUGGCGUUCGUCCUCGGCUACCUCUCCCACUCCCACCCCCUCCUCUCCCAGACCGCCAGCGACGUCUACGAGCAUAACAGCUUCCCCAACCAGUGCGGCGCCCCCGUCCCCUCCUCCGACGUCCGCCGCACCAUCAUCUCCCGCGUCUUCAACAACACCUCGCCGUGGGAAGCCUUCCCCCCCGCCCACGCCCGCCCCCUCCUCUGGCAGGACUGGAACAAGGGCUGGGGCUCGCAGAUGCCCGUCUUCGAGCACCUCAUCCAGCAGGUCCGCCCCCGCACCAUCAUCGAGGUCGGCACCUUCCUCGGCGCCUCCGCCACGCACAUGGUCGGCCUCACCCGCAAACUAGGCCUCGACACGCAGAUUGUGUGCAUUGACGACUUCCGCGGCUGGCCGGGGUACUACGACGAGGAGAAGAGCUUGAAGAUGGUGAACGGGGACUCUCUCCUGAUGUAUCAGUUUAUGCAGAAUGUGGUGAGGGCGAAUGCGACGGGGAGUAUAAUCAUGAUGCCGUUCUCGGCGGGGACGGCGCUGGGGGGGCUCUGCGAUUGGGGGGUGUACGGGGAUCUGGUGGAGGUGGAUGCAGCGCAUGAUUUCCACUCGGCGUGGGUGGAUAUUAACAACGCGUUUAAAGUGCUGAAGCCCGGAGGGGUGCUGUUCGGGCAUGACUACGCCUGGGUUGGGGUGCGUACUGCGGUUCAUAUUUUUGCGAGGGUGCACGGAUUUCAAAUCAGGAUUGACGGCGAGCACUGGAUUCUGUAUUGAUGGGAAUCAAAUGCUAAUAAAUUUCAGUUAUUGGAUUGAUUCUGACCUAUCAUCAUCUCAUAUCAUACGACGGCGUCAACGAGGCCUGUAUCCCUCGGCCUCUCCUCUCCUCUCCCUCUCGAAUUCGAAGCUGGAUUGCUCAAUGUCUACCUAGUCUUCUUCUUCUCUCUCCACUUCUCUAUCCUUUUUAAUUUAUUGAAUUUAUGUGGGCUGGGAUUGGACCACAUCAGUAGGUGGAUUUCAUUUUCUAUGAGCCCAAUGAGUUUUAUUUUUAAUUUCUCAGUUGCUUUAAUUUUAAAGGAAAAAUGAUAUGAAACCUUUGAAUAUGAUUUCGGACUAAAAAUGAAGAAUAAAUUACAAUAUGAAUUUGCAGAGA